AUGCAGAAUGUCACUGAAGUCACUACAUUUGUACUGAAGGGCUUCACGGAUGAUCCUGAACUGCAGAGCAUCUUAUUCUUCCUGUUUGUAGCAAUUUACCUUUUUACUCUGAUGGGCAAUUUAGGACUGGUUGUAUUGGUCAUGGGGGAUUCCCGGAUCCACAACCCUAUGUACUAUUUUCUGAGUGUGUUAUCAUCUGUGGAUGCCUGCUAUUCUUCAGUCAUUACCCCAAAAAUGUUAGCAGAUUUUAUGUCAAAAAACAAAGUCAUUUCAUUCCUUGGAUGCGCAGCACAGAUGUUUCUCGCUGUUACUUUUGGGACCACAGAAUGCUUCCUCUUGGCUGCAAUGGCAUAUGAUCGCUACGUAGCAAUCUACAACCCCCUCCUGUAUUCAGUGAGCAUGGUGCCCAGAGUCUAUGUGCCACUCAUCGUUGCUUCCUAUGUUGGUGGCAUUGUGAAUGCUUCUGUGCACACAGCGGCCACAUUUAGCCUGUCCUUCUGUGCGUCCAAUGAAAUUAAACACGUCUUUUGUGACAUCCCUCCUCUCCUCGCUCUUUCUUGCUCUGACACUCACACAAACCAGCUUCUACUCUUCUGCUUCGUGGGCUCUAUUGAGGUAGUCACUAUCCUGAUUGUCCUGAUCUCCUAUGGCUUCAUUCUGCUGGCCAUCCUGAGGAUGCAUUCUGCCGAAGGGAGAAGGAAGGCCUUCUCUACAUGCGGCUCUCACCUAACUGCUGUGUCCAUUUUUCACGGUACAGUUCUCUUCAUGUACGUGAGACCAAGUUCCAGCUACGCCUUGGACCAUGACAUGAUAGUUUCUGUAUUUUACAGCAUCAUGAUUCCCAUGCUGAAUCCAAUCAUUUAUAGUUUGAGGAACAAAGAUAUCAAAGAGUCAAUGCAGAAAGUGUUUGGGAAAAAUUGGUUUAUCAAUAAAGUGUAUUUUCACAGUAAAAAUUAA